GUGUGUAAUAUGCAUGAAAUAUAUCAAUCCACACAAGAGCCCAAAAAGUCGUAUUUUAAUGAUUUUUUUUUAGGAAUUAACGCAGAAGGAAAGGAAUAAUUAAAUAUUAUAUUUAUUCAGUGACUAUGAGAGACACAAAUGUUAUCUUCCUCUGACGAUCUACUACUAAAGAAAACAUUUUAAAUAGGUUCAUUAAGAAAUGGAUUAUAAAAGUAUUUUUUUAACCUUAGCACUUAGUAUACAUUUAAGUAGAAAAUAUAGUGUUCAAGGCAAAUUUGUUGAUAUUGUUUUGCAAAUUAUCGAUUCAAAUCAAAGUAAUUACACUCGAUUUAUGAAUGCUUCUCAACAGCAGUUUUUAUGGUAAGUGUCCAUUUAAAUAACGUUACAAAUCAUAAAAUAUUCAUUAAAAUUGAAGCAUCAAUGUUAUCAUUUCAAAGUCAAUUUUAAGAAUUAAGUUAAAAGUUACCCUAUAAAAUUACUAAUAAUCAUUAACAAUUUACUUGAUAAUAUGUAGCGUAAUUAUGAAAUAAACCUAAAAAUAUAGGUAAGAAAUAUGAUUAUAAUAUUUGAAAAGUUCAUAAAAUAAAUGUGUUUAUCUCAGGCUUUCGUCGGUGCUGUGUGACAGCAAUACAUACUCAUAUUCUAUAACACAUGACAGAGAUAAUGGAUCUGUGUUCAAUUACAGCAGUACAACUUUUAUGUCGUCGAACGUGGACAGAACAAUUUUUUUAAAGGAAUUUACUUGCACUUCUACGCUUACAGUUUUUCAAUGCAUACGGCUUCAAGAUAUUACAAAAUGUUACGAUUAUAAUGUAUUAAGGAUGUCUCUUAGUGCAAACGCGUCAUCAAAAUGUCCAGACAAGUGUGUUACAAUGUGUCCAGCUUAUCCUAUUCAAAGUAUUUUAAUUACAUAUGAUACGCAAAUUGUAAAAAUUCCAAAUAAAGCUGAGUGUCAAAAUACAAUACCUUAUCAAACAUCAACCUUAGAUUCAACCUUUAUGUCAACUCGCUCUUCAACAUCGUCUCCAGACAAUUCUAAAAAAACUUCACCUGAUGAUUCCUUACCUGUGAUAGUUGGCGCCAGUGUUGGAGGUGGAGCACUCAUCAUCAUUGUGAUCAUUUUGUGUUUAGUGUGUUUAAAAAUGAGACAAAAAGGAAGUCAACUAAAAAAUAGCAAACAGAAGGAACACAGUGCUGAUGACGAUAAAAAGAACGGUAGUAAUAAGAAAAAACAAAACAAUCAUACAGAUGAAGUUGACCAGAAAACAUACGUAACAGAUUUAGCAAAAGUUAAAUGCGUAAAUAAACUUAUUGCAAAUUUUAACGGUACUGAGACAUGUGGUUGUAAUAAUGUUAACGCUAACAUUGCUACAAACUGCUGUGUAGACAGUAAUGCAAUUGAAGCUUUAGAAAAAGAUGAUAUGUUAACUAACAUCAAGACAAAACAACGGCAAUUUAAACCAAAUGAAUUCUCAAAUCCAGCUUUUAGCGGAUCAUAUGUGGAUUAUUCGUCUAUUAAUGAAGUAAUCAAUGAAAUUAACAAUGAUGCAGCCAAUAAUGGUGGUAUAUACACUAGUGAGCCGGCUCACUACAGCGGAAACACUUAUUCUACACUCGGUGAAAAGACAAGAUCAUUCUCUGACACGUAUAACAUAAUGCCCACAGUUAGCAACAAGAAGGGGCACAAAUCUCUAGGUGCAAUCUCUAACUAUCAUAACAACAGAGGCAAUACAUCAAGUUUAAAUUUAGGUGACAAUGUUGGGCAAGUGAAUGGUGCCUCCAAUGAUGUAUAUGCCCAGGUGAUUAAACCAGUGAGAAAAUUGCACUAAAAAGAAUAAUAUGCAAAUUUUAAAAAAAAAACGAAAUUAUACCUUUAAAUUGUAUUGUAUGUUAUUAGAAAUUGAAAUAAUUAUAGCAUGUCAAUGAUUGCCCGUUUAUUUAGAUUAAGUUUUUAGAAACAUUAAGAAAAAAUAUUUGUAACAUUAACAGUUUGUUUUAAUUCUUUAAAAAAAAUUCAUUAACACUCAACAAAUAACAUCAAACAUGAAGCAGUGCAGAAGUUGGCCAAACUUUUAUUUAAGGAAAAAAGAUUUCUGCACAUGCGUACAUUUUUUCUUAGUUGUAGAAAUUUACAUACACUUUAUUGAAACAAAGAUCUUUUUCUUUUUUUAAGCUUGUGUCUAAUUAAUUUUAUGUUAGAAUGGUGCUCUAUUAAAUACGAAUAAGUUUUAACUAGUUUAAGAUUAUAUUGCUAAAUUUAUUUAACAUAGCGAUGUAUAUGACCAAAAAUAUUAUUGUUUUAGAAAAAAAUAAUUUUUCAAUAUUAUUUUAACUUUUCUUAUGCUUCAUUUUUUAUGCUUUGUGUGAGAUAAAAUUUGAUCAAAGAAAAUUAAUUUACUUGUAACCCUCGAUGAAUGCGUAUCAUUAAAAUAGAAAAUAUAUCACUAUCAUUACUAUUACAAAUGUGGUCAUUAUAAUUUCAAAAUUUUCGCAACUAAAACUUGUUCCCGUUAAGUGUUACGAUAACUGUUAAGUUUCACUUUGCUCACUGCUGAAAUGAUUGUUAUGAUGUUUAUAUUUUCCAUAGAAAUAUAAAACAAUUUCUUUAGAUCUUUAAUGUUUGAGCAUUUUCAUGGUACAUAAGUUUUAUGUUUCAUAGUAAUGUUCAAAUCUUAUCAAAAUAUUUCACUUUGCUUAGUAAAUGUUAGUGAUGAUAUUUGAAUGAUCUUAAUUGAGAAUAAAUAGCUGUUUUUGAAAUUAAAAAAAAUAUAUUCACUUUUUAGUAUGUAUAAAGUUUAGUAUUGCUAGCAUUUUAAUAAGAUAUCAAAUGAGGAGUAUAUCAGUCAACGUUAAAAAUAAUAAAAAUUUUAAGUUUUAAUGUAAUAUGUCAAACAUUUCAUUGUAUGAUUUUGUUGCAUUUAUUCCGUUUUACAGCGUUUAUAUAAUAUUAAUAUGAAUCUGUCAAGUCUAUGGUGUUAUCAUUCCUAUCAGCAAUAUUAAUGCAUACGAAAAUAGGACCAAAAAUUUAAUGCUUAUGUAAUGAAUAUUAUUAAGGAACUGAAAUUGAUUGAU